GGCAAGUAGAAUAAUCGGGCAGGCAGGGCAAUUCGACCCCUGACUUACCUUGCCUUGGCUGUUUCCUUGUUCGUGAAGAAGCACGGUCGUUGUGCCUUCCCUAUAAAAACGGCAAGAGCUCAUAAAGCCCUUCCGCUCCGGAACCAUCACUGUCCACAGUACCGUAUCUUCUCCUUCAUUUGUGAACCUGAACUCCCACAGCAGCAGCCAUGCGUCUCCCUCAACUCGCCGCCACCCUUCUGGCCGUAGUAGGCAACACGAACACCGCCUUCGCCAAACCCGUUCAGUCUCGAGACACUGUAUCAGCCAAGUACUGCGACGCCUCCACCGACAUCUGCUACUCCGAGUUCAUCAGCCCCGAGAAGAUCGCCUACCGCUUCGCCAUCCCCGACAACGCCACCGCCGGCAACUUUGACAUCCUGUUGCAAAUCCUGGCUCCCAACACCGUCGGCUGGGCGGGUCUAGCCUGGGGAGGCGUCAUGGUCAACAACCCCCUCCUAGUCUCCUGGCCCUACCAAUCCACCAUCAUCGUCUCCAGCCGCAAAGCCUCGGCGCGCACCUACCCCCAGGUUUCCGACGACGUCAACUACAAGGUCCUCGCCGGCUCCGGAAGCAACGCGACGCACUGGACGCUCAAUGCGCUCGCCCAGGGCGCGAGUGCGUGGGGGACUACCAAGCUGGAUCCCAGCAGCAACGCGGUUUCGUUUGCUUAUGCGCAGUCGGCGUCGCCGCCGACGAACCCGGCAGAUGCGGCUAGUAGGUUUAGUAUGCAUCAGAGCAAGGGGAGGUGGAGCCAUGAUUUGGCGAGUGGGCGGAUUGCGAACUUUGCGAGUGCUGUUGAGCAGCUUGAAAAGCCGGAGGAGGAGGAGGAGAAGUAAGUAGAGGUAGGUAGGUGGGGGAGUGGGCUAGACUGAGUGGGAUGGAAGGCAUGGGGUGGUGAUUGAAAUGAGGAGCGAGGAUUGAUGAAGAAAAAAGAAAGUUGGUGACAAUGAUGAAACACCAUUUGGUUGGCAGACGUUAGCUGGGGCAGUAUGUAGAGAGAGAAAGAUGCAAAAGAAGCGUUUCCCAACAAGAGAUACACGGUCGGAACGAAAGAUCUGUAUGCAUACUGGACUUACCUCGUAGAUAGGUAUCUAUCAUAUGCGUCCAAAGCGUACUUGGAUGUGUGCCAGGCAUCAGGGGUAUUAGGCAAAACCAAAUGGAGCGGCGAUCCCGCUUGCACCACCCCUUCGAUAUGCCUUCUGAUGUAAGCGAGCCCUACCUACCUUCAGAUAAAAGACCCAGCUCUUUACUACCCACCCGUCAGAGAACAAUCAUAGAGUUAUCAGCGAGUCAUCGAGCCCAACGAGUGAUCAGACGGGCUU